UCGCAGGGUGGGGCGGAGCCUGUGCUGCGGCGCGGUUGGGUGAUAUGGCGACCGAGGGAGACGUGGAGUUGGAGUUGGAGACCGAGACCAGUGGUCCGGAGAGGCCUCCUGAAAAGCCACGAAAGCAUGACAGUGGUGCGGCAGACCUGGAGAGAGUCACCGACUAUGCGGAGGAGAAGGAGAUCCAAAGUUCCAACCUGGAGACGGCCAUGUCCGUGAUUGGAGACAGACGUUCUCGGGAGCAGAAAGCUAAACAAGAGCGGGAGAAGGAACUGGCAAAAGUCACCAUCAAGAAGGAAGAUCUGGAGCUCAUAAUGACAGAGAUGGAGAUCUCACGAGCAGCAGCAGAACGGAGCUUGAGGGAACACAUGGGCAACGUGGUAGAGGCUCUUAUUGCUCUAACCAACUGAUUUGUGCUUUCUCGGACCUACCCACUGGAUUAAUUUAUUGCAAUAAAGAUGUCUUUUUUUGCAGUUUUA